GUUUUCUAGGGUUUAGGGUUUUGCGUUGCUGUGCGAGACGCGAAAUUGAACACCGUUUGAUUCGCUUCUGAGGCACUGUAUUGAUCACAAAUAUAAUGGAGGAUAAUCCCCCCUCAAGCCUUUUAGAUGGAACUGUUGUCGGGAUCAAAUUUGGUAUGGCUACGCGCCAGGAAAUUUGUACAGCAUCCAUUAGUGACUCUUCAAUCAGUCAUGCUAGUCAGCUGUCAAAUCCAUUCCUUGGACUGCCCCUUGAAUUUGGAAGAUGUGAAUCUUGUGGUACCUCUGAAGUAGGAAAAUGUGAAGGUCACUUUGGAUACAUUGAGCUACCAGUUCCAAUAUAUCAUCCUAGUCAUGUUAGUGAAUUGAAACGGAUGCUGAGCCUGGUCUGCUUAAACUGCUUAAAAUUGAGGAAAACAAAGUUUGCAGCUUCAAGCAGUGGAUUGGCACAGAGAUUAUUGUCUCCUUGUUGUGAGGAGCUUAAUGCUUCUCUAGUUUCUAUUCGGGAGGUUAAAACAAGUGAUGGAGCUUGUUAUCUUGCACUGAGGGUUUCCAAAUCCAAGAUUCAGAAUGGUUUUUGGAGUUUUUUAGAAAAAUAUGGCUAUCGCUAUGAGGGUGAUCACAUUCGAGCCUUGCUUCCUUGCGAGGCAAUGGAAAUUAUUAAGAGAAUGCCGAUAGAGACCAGAAAAAAGCUUGCUGGAAAGGGAUAUUUUCCUCAAGAUGGAUAUGUUUUGAAGUAUCUUCCAGUACCACCAAAUUGCUUGUCUGUGCCAGUAGUUUCAGAUGGCGUCAGUGUCAUGUCUUCGGAUCCUUCCAUAACAAUUCUCAGAAAAUUGCUCAGGAAGGUUGAAAUCAUCAAAAGCUCUAGAUCUGGUGAACCAAACUUUGAGUCUCAUCAUGUGGAAGCAAAUGAUUUGCAGUCGGUGGUUAAUCAGUAUUUUCAAAUUAGGGGUACUUCUAAAGCAGCUCGUGAUAUAGAAACACGUUUUGGGGUCAAUAAAGAGCUUAAUGAAUCGUCAACUAAAGCAUGGCUUGAGAAAAUGCGAACUUUAUUUAUAAGAAAGGGGUCAGGGUUUUCCUCCCGAAAUGUGAUAACUGGAGAUUGUUAUAAGAGGAUAAAUGAAGUAGGAUCCUGAAUCCCUGCUGAAGUUGCCCAGCGAAUAACAUUUGAGGAGAGAGUUAACAUCCAUAACAUCAGUUAUUUGCAGAAGUUAGUUGAUGAAAAUUUGUGCCUGACCUACAAGGAAGGUGUAUCAACUUAUUCACUUAGGGAGGGCUCUAAGGGGCACAUAUAUCUUAAGCCUGGUCAGAUAGUCCAUCGGAGGAUUAUGGAUGGGGAUAUUGUCUUCAUUAACAGACCACCUACAACUCACAAACACUCUUUACAAGCACUUUUCGUCUACAUCCAUGAUGACCACACAGUGAAAAUAAAUCCUCUAAUUUGUGGACCGCUUGGGGCUGAUUUUGAUGGUGACUGUGUCCAUCUGUUUUAUCCUCAGUCGCUUGCUGCUAAAGCUGAAGUUGUGGAGCUAUUUUCUGUGGAGAAUCAGCUGCUUAGCUCUCACAGUGGUAAUUUGAACCUACAAUUAAGCACUGAUUCGUUGUUGUCACUGAAGAUGUUGGUGAAGAGAUGUUUUUUUGAUAGGGCAGCAGCUAAUCAAUUGGCGAUGUUUCUGUUGCUUCCUUUGCCUCAGCCUGCUUUACUCAAGGCCAGUUCUGGUGAUUCUUACUGGACUUCCAUUCAAAUGUUACAGUGUGCUUUACCUUUGUGUUUUGAUUGCACUGGGGGACGGUACUUGAUUAGGCAGAGUGAAAUCUUAGAAUUUGAUUUCAACAGGGAUGUUCUGCCUGCAACGAUAAAUGAAAUAGCGGCUUCAAUUUUCUUUGGGAAGGGUCCAAAGGAAGCGCUAAAUUUCUUUGAUGUAAUGCAACCCUUUUUGAUGGAAAGCUUAUUUGCUGAUGGGUUUAGUGUUAGCUUACAAGACUUUUCAAUUUCUAAAGCAAUCAAAAGAAUUAUAAACAGAAACAUUGGAAAAGUUUCUUCUCUGUUAUAUCAGCUGAGGUCCUUAUACAAUGAGCUGGUGGCACAGCAGUUGGAGAAGCACAUUCGUGAUAUUGAACUUCCUAUUAUUAAUUUUGCUCUAAAAUCAACUAAACUGGGAGAACUAAUUGACUCAAAGAGUAAAUCCGCUAUUGAUAAAGUUGUUCAGCAGAUUGGGUUCUUAGGGCAGCAACUUUUUGAAAGGGGAAGAUUCUAUUCCAAAGGAUUGGUUGAAGAUGUAGCUUCACAUUUUCAUGGGAAGUGUUGUUAUGAUGAGGAAGGUUAUCCCUCUGCUGAGUAUGGAUUGCUCAAAGGGUGUUUCUUUAAUGGUUUGGAUCCAUAUGAAGAGAUGGUGCAUUCAAUUUCAACGAGAGAAAUACUAGUGCGUUCUUCAAGAGGAUUAUCAGAACCUGGAACACUCUUUAAGAAUUUAAUGGCCAUCCUUCGGGAUGUUGUGAUUUGUUAUGAUGGAACUGUGAGAAAUGUUUGUAGUAAUUCCAUUAUCCAGUUUGAGUAUGGGAUACAAGCUGGAGAGAAAACUCAGCACUUAUUUCCUGCUGGUGAGCCUGUAGGUGUCUUAGCUGCAACUUCUAUGUCAAAUCCUGCUUAUAAGGCUGUCCUUGAUGCUAGUCCUAGCAGCAAUUCUUCAUGGGAGUUGAUGAAGGAAAUUUUACUCUGCAAGGUCAAUUUUAAGAAUGAGCCUAUUGAUCGUCGUGUAAUUUUGUACUUGAAUGACUGUGAUUGUGGAAGGAGUUAUUGUCGGGAAAAUGCCGCUUAUUCAGUUAAAAAUCAAUUGAGAAAAGUCAGUCUCAAGGAUGCAGCAGUGGAGUUCAUUAUUGAAUACCAACAGCAGCGCACUCACAAGGGAAACUCUGAAAAUGAUGCUGGGCUUGUUGGUCAUAUUUAUCUGGAUGAGAUGAUGUUAGACGAGCUGAAGAUCAACAUGGAUGAUGUUUUCCAAAAAUGCCAAGAUAGACUAAAUUCAUUUGGUCGGAAAAAGAAACUUAAUCCCAUUUUGAAGAAUACUCAAUUAUCAUUUAGUGAGUCUACACAUUUUGCUGCACCAUGUAUAACAUUCAUUUGGCCAGACAGUGGUGAUGAGGAUUUGGACAAUACUGUAAAGGUCAUGUCUGACACAAUCUGCCCUGUUCUUUUAGAAACAAUAAUCCAAGGAGACCCGCGCAUUAGCUCUGCAAGUAUAAUCUGGGUUAGUCCAGAUACAAACACAUGGGUGCGAAACCCUUACAAAUCUUCUCAUGGUGAAUUGGCACUUGAUAUCAGUCUUGAGAAGGAUGUUGUUAAACAGAGUGGCGAUGCUUGGAGAAUUGUACUUGAUUCCUGUCUCCCUGUUCUUCAUUUGAUUGAUACCAGCCGUUCUGUCCCCUAUGCUAUAAAGCAGAUUCAGGGAUUAAUGGGGAUAUCAUGUACUUUUGAUCAAGCAAUUCAGCGUCUAGCAUCAUCUGUGAAAAUGGUCGCAAAAGGUGUUCUUAGAGAGCAUCUCAUUCUGUUAGCUAGCAGUAUGACUUGUGGUGGGAAUUUGGUUGGCUUUAAUACAGGUGGAUAUAAAGCUCUGUCUCGCCAAUUAAAUAUUCAAGUACCAUUCACAGAUGCAACUCUCUUUACCCCUAAAAAAUGUUUUGAGCGAGCUGCGGAGAAAUGCCAUACUGACUCUCUGUCAAGCAUAGUUGCUUCUUGUUCCUGGGGUAAACAUGUGGCAGUUGGCACAGGAUCAAAAUUUGACGUUGUAUGGGAUGCAAAUGAGAUAAAAUCUGAAGAAAUUGAAGGGACCGAUGUCUAUAAUUUUCUUCACAUGGUGAAAAGCAUUUCCAAUGGGGAAGAAGAAACCAAUGCUGGUUUGGGUGACGAUGUUGAUGAUUUAUGGGAUGAAGAAAAUAUGGACUGGGACAUGUCCCCACAGCGUACCUCUGGUAAUGAAGCUGUUUUUGAAGAGAAUCUUGAACUAUUGAAUGUUUCAACAUCCAAUGGUUGGGAGACAAAUACAAAUCAAACUGAAUCAAAGACCAAUGAGUGGUCAGGUUGGGUAAGUAAAACAACUGAAAUAAAAGAUGGCCAAUCUGAAAGAGCCCAAGAGGAUUCUUGGAAGAAAACUGAUGUCGUUCAAGAAGACUCUUCUAGGUUUGCUUGGGAUGCAAAUAAAACAACAGAUCAGACAAAAUCAGAAUCUAAUGAAAGGUCUGCCUGGGGGAGUAAAACUGGUGUCAUCAAAGAAGACUCUUCUAGGUUUAAUGCUUGGGAUACAAACACAACAACAGAUCAGACAAAAACAAAAAGUAAUGAAUGGUCUGCCUGGGGAAGGAAAACUGAUGUUCUCCAAGAAGACUCUUCAACUAGGUCUAAUGCUUGGGAUACAAACACAACAACAGAUCAGAAAAAAGCCAAAUCUAAUGAAUGGUCUGGCUGGGGAGGGAAUAAAUCUGAAAUACCAGCUAGUGUAUCUGAAAAUGUGCCAGAUUCUUGGAGCAAUGGUAAGAGGAAUGCUGAUGUUACCCAAGAAGAUAAUUCCGGGUCUGGUGCUUGGGGUGCAAAGAGAACACAUCAGACGAAUACAAGAUCUAAUGAAUGGUCUAGCUGGGGAAAGAACAAGUCUGAAAUGCCAGCUGGUAGAUCUGAAAAUGUGCAAGAAGAUUCUUGGAGCUUGGGUAGGAAGAAGGACGAUGUUAACCACAGAGAUAAUUCUGGGUCUGGUUCCUGGGUUGCAAACAGAACUGAUCAGACGAAAACAAAAUCUAAUGAAUGGUCUGGCUGGGGAAAGAAUAAGUCUGAAAUGCCAGCUGGUGGAUCUGAAAAUGUUCAAGAAGAUUCAUGGGGCUCGAGUAAAUGGAAAGAUGAUGUUACCCAAAAAGACAAUUCCGGGUCUGGUGCAUGGGAUGCAAACAAAACAGGUCGGACAGAAACAAAAUCUAAUGAAUGGUCUGGCUGGGGAAAGAAUAAGUCUGAAGUGCCAGCUGGUGGAUCUGAAAAUAUGCUAGAUACUUGGGGCUCUAGUACGAAGAAUGAUGUUACCCAAGAAAACAAUUCUGAAGCUGGUGCUUGGGGUGCAAACAGAACACAUCAGACAAAAACAAAAUCCAAUGAAUGGUCUAGUUGGGGUAAGAAUAAGUCUGAAAUACCAGCUGGUGGAUCUGAAAAUGUGCUAGAAGAUUCUUGGGGCACAGGUAAAUGGAAAGAUAAUGUUAGCCAAAAAGACAAUUCUGGGUCUGGUGCUUGGGAUGCAAACAAAAUAGGUCAGACAAAAACUGAAUUAGAUGAUAGGUCUGCAUGGGGAAGAAAUAAGGUUGAAAGAACAGAUGGAGGGUCAGAAAAGCCCCAAGAGAAUGCUUGGGGCUCUGGUAAUUGGAAAGCAGAAUCAAAAGGUGGCAAUAACUCUUGGGGAAAAUCCAAAUCCUCAGAAAGUCAAGCUUGGGAUUCCCAUAAUCAGUCAAAUCAAAAUGCAAGUUCACAGGGAUGGGAAUCACAUAUUGCUUCAGCUAAUUCAGACAGUGAGAAAAGUUUUCAGUGGGGAAAGCAAGGUAGAGAAUCAUUUAAGAAAAAUCGCUUUGAAGGUUCGCAAGGUCGGGGUUCAAAUGCCGGUGACUGGAAAAAUAGGAAUCGCCCGCCUAGAGCACCUGGACAGAGAUUGGACAUAUACUCACCUGAGGAGCAGGAUAUUCUGAAGGAUAUUGAACCCAUUAUGCAGUCUAUCAGACGGAUCAUGCAACAACAGGGGUACAAUGAUGGGGACCCGCUGGCUGCUGAAGAUCAACUUUUUGUACUUGAGAAUGUCUUUGAGCACCAUCCAGAUAAAGAAACCAAAAUGGGUGUUGGAAUUGAUUAUGUCAUGGUUAACAGGCACAGUAGUUUUCAGGAAAGCAGAUGUUUAUAUGUGGUUUUGAAAGAUGGUAAAAAAGAAGACUUUUCCUACCGGAAGUGCUUGGAUAACUGGAUAAGGAAGAAGUAUCCAGAUCUUGCUGAAUCAUUUGUCGGCAAAUAUUUUCGAAAACCUCGUCCAAGGUUGGAUCAGACUGCAAUGCCAGGGGGGGAUCAGACCGCAAUGCCAGGGGGGGAUCAGACUGUAACGCCAGGGCAGGAGGAAGCAGUUACUUCGGCUGAUCAGACCUCUACUCCCAGCCCCAUGGAAACCAAUGAGUAGAUUCGAGUUGUCACUGUCCAUAAUUUUGUACAGAAACAGCAUAGUUGAGGCACUCAAUAGUUCGUCACAGCUGACCAAUUUUCCUGUAGUAAAGUGUUACCCUUUUGGGGGUCUGUUACGUGGUCAUUUUAUUAGCAUGUGACCGAUGAUAAUACUCUUGUGCUGAUUAAUAUUGUUUUAAUGAUUACAGCAGCACAUGAUGUGCCCAACAAACUUUAUUCUGCUCAUCAUUUUAUUUGACCUUCAACUACACCUGGCUUUCAGACAUUGACUGGACCACCGGUACGAAAAUGGCAUCCUGAUGAUUAGUUUUAUGAAUCAUUGUGGUUGAUUUUCUGUUUAUUAGUUCUCUAAGCAUUCCAAGUUAAAUUU